GAUUGGCUGUCUCCUCCUGUGCCGUUUCUGAUUGGUUCAACUCUACUUUCUCUUCCCUCCCUAUUUCCUUCUUCCGCGGAGCUAUGUGGGGUGGGGUCGCAAACAGUCUCUGCGCUGAGAAGGUGUGGUCACAGGAACGCCGGGAGGACAGCGACCAAUGAAAGCCUCGCUUCCAUAGCGCAGGGGCUAGCGAACGGGGGUGGGAGGAGCGAGAACCAAUCGGAAAGGGCAGAGAAGAGGCGCUCGCCAAUCUGAGGGCGCGUUCCAUCAGCACAGGCAGUGGUUGGAGCGCUCCCUAGUGCCGGGAGUGGGGGGCUCUUGACUUGUCCGCGCGCGACAGCGGGACGUGGCCUAGGGUGCGUGGGGCGGCCGGGUGCCGGGCAGCGCGAGGACGCCCCGGGCCGUGCCCUACUUUCGCGCGGACCAUGACCCGCAGCUGCUCCGCUCUGGGCUGCACCACGCGAGACACCGGGCUGAGCCGGAAGCGGGGCAUCUCCUUCCACCAAUGUCGGGGGUGGGGCGGGGAAACAGGAAAGCACAUGGGUCUGCUAAGAAAAAGAUCUCAGGCUUUUCAAUUCUCCGUCAUAGGCAGGUUUCCCAUUGAUGACAUACAGCGUACAAAAUGGAUCCAUGCUGUUAAUCGAGCAGACCCCAAAAGCAAAAAGAUUUGGAUUCCAGGACCUGGUGCCAUAUUGUGUUCCAGACAUUUUGCAGAAGCAGACUUUGAAUCCUAUGGCAUGAGAAGAAAACUAAGGAAAGGAGCUGUACCUUCUGUUUUUCUAUACAAGGAUCCUCUGAGUACAUAUCUUAAAAAUAGAAGAUCCCAGAAAGCAUUAAAGCAGCCACUUUUACAUAAUUCUCCUGAUGAGGAGGUCAUUACUGCAGAUCACAACUAUAGCUUAAAGAAUCCUGCAAUAGCUGCUGAGCAACAGACAGAAAUGAAAGAAAUAAUACAGUUGCCUAAAAAGAAACUUGUUGCAGCACGAAGGUGUCUCUCAUACCGAGAACGAAAUGUAUUUAGUUUAAUCAAUGAGCUUGCAAAGAAGAACCUGCUCUCUGAAGAAGCUGUAAGCCUGCUGCAGGCCCAGUUUUCAGAUUUGCAGUGGGAGCCAUACAGCUGGAGACAGAUGACUGAGUACUCCACAGAAAUGAGGCAGUUUGCCUGUACUCUCCACCUCUAUUGUAGUAAAGCCUAUGAUUACGUAAGAAAGAAUUGUCCCCUGCCUCAUCCUUCCAGCCUCACAAACUGGUUGUCUAAUGAUGAAGGUAGUCCAGGCUUCAGCAACAGUAUUUUCUUUCACCUUCAGCAGAGAGUCGAGCAAGGAGAACAGGCAUACCAGUACUGCUCACUGAUGAUCGAGGGCAUGGCUCUCAAGAAACAGCUGGAGUGGGACCCUGUGACUCAACGUCUGGUUGGGUUUGUAGACCUAGGUGCAGGAGCACUUGAUGCUGAUGAAGCACCACUGGCCUCAGAAGCUAUAGUCCUAAUGGCAGUAGGUGUUCUUGGUCACUGGAGGGCUCCCCUGGGUUAUUUCUUUGUAAAUGGAACGACUGGCCAUUUACUAGCUCAGUUGCUUUAUCAGACCAUCAGUAAGCUGACCAACGUAGGUAUCAGAGUUCUCUCCGUGACGUCUGCGGCCACUGCUCAUGGUGUUGAGUUGGCAAAGGCGUUGGGCAUACGUAUCGAUGCCAACAACAUGCAGUGCACUUUUCAGCAUCCUCACAGUGCCACUCAUCGGAUCACAUACUUCUUUGAUGCUUGCCAUAUGCUCCAGUUAAUAAGGAAUGUGUUUCAGUGCUUUCAUAGGAUACAGUCCAUUUAUGAAACAGCACACUGGCAGCACAUAGUGGACCUAGUGACUCUGCAGGAGACGGAAUUACUGCAUAUUAGUGACAGAUUGUCAGGAAGACCCGGAAAUAGUGAAAGCUGUCACUUGAGGGUGAACUAUGCAGCACAGCUGUUCAGUGAGAGUGUCGCUGGCACGCUGGAAUGUCUUCAGUUGUUGGGCCUGCCUUCUUUUCAGAACUGCAGUGGGACCAUCAAAUUUGUGCGCUUGGUGAGCUAUCUGUUUGACAUUUUUCAUGGAAGAAGCUAUUACGGAACGGGAUUGAAAGGGCCUGUGUCCUCUGAAAAUUAUGCCAGAAUACGUCACCUUUUAACUGAGGCUAAAAGUGUCUUUGUGGCAUUAACUGACACUUCGGGGAGACACUUCCUGAAAGGUAAACAUAAAUUAGGAUUUCUAGGUUUUUUGCUUAAUGCUGAGAGUUUAAAAUGGCUUUACACAAACUAUGUAUGUCCAAAGAACAUGCCCUUCCACUACCUUCUGACUUACACAUUCAGCCUAGAUCAUCUGGAAUUAUUUCUCAGCACCCUCAGACAAGCAUGUGCUAGCUGUGAUAACCCUACAUGCAUGAUGUUCUGGACUGCUUAUUCUGAACUGCUGACCAAGUAUAAUUUGACACCAGGAUUACAUCAGAAUCUUAUUUUCGGUGACAUGAACACCUUAGAUGUAUCUAUUGUUCGUAGGACAGAUUUGGCCCUGGCUACCAUUCAUUCUCAGUACAAUCGGGGUUGUGUGGCAAUUCCAUCAACAGACUACAUUUACUGUACAGGCCAUAUUUCAUUUAACUCUACACUGAGUUAUGCACUGACAGAUCUGUCACUAUAUGCAGAAAGCGUCACCUAUACUGCUGGCUGUGUUGCUGAGAAAUUAGCAGCUGCCAUAAGAUGUGAAGCCUGUGUCACUUCUCUCUUUCUGUCAGAUGACAAAAUCCUAAAAUGUGGUUCACUGUUGUGCAUUAAAAAGAUUGGGAGCUGGAGUUUGCCAUCAGAGAGCGUGCGUCAGGUUGUGAGUAUUUCUGAGCAAGUCCUAAAAACGCAUGCAAGAGUGAAAGACUAUAACCUAAACCUCAAGCAACAGGAUAUGUAUUUAGAACAGAAAAUUUUAUAUGAGUUAUCUGAACAGAGUCACCUUUUUCCUGAGUUAAAUAAUCACCUAUUUGAUGGGGAGUUGUGUGUCACCAAUCACUACACAACGCUGUUAAGGAACAUAGUGCAAUGUUACUUAAAUGUCAGAGCUGAACAUGCAAAAAAUGGGGUUUGGACUACUGUUCUGGAAGUCAUGGAUCGAAGAAGUUGACUAGGAAACAUCCAUUUUCAUCAUCAUUAAAGACUUAUAAAUCUAUCCAAAUCUUAGCUGUGCCAUAAUUUCUUACUAAUUUGUUAAAUGAUGGAUCUUCCCUUGAGUAGUGUUUAUAGAUAAGGUCUGAUCUAGGCAACACAGGUGUCGGAGAACUGAGAUGGUGUAUGUCACUUGACCUCUUGGCAAUACUGUGUCCAGCAGUGGCUAAUAAAGGAGAGUCCUAGGAGGAUUAACUGUACUAGGUUCCAGUCAUGCCUGGGAUUCGAAGUGGAAAAUAAGUUUGAUCUCAUCUUAAAUUCUCCUUUAUGCAGAUUGCACUACCACAACCUAUUUUAGAACAACAAUGUCUAUGGAAGGACUAGAUUACGGAAGCUACUGGAAAUCCACAUUGAGGUUCAUUGGCAGUCAUGUGGGGAAGCUUGCUGAAUACCUACCUAUGCUAUGCCUGGCUCUGGGUAGGGCAGUUAGCCCCUGACUAUGAUGAAUACCAAGUUUACUCAUACAUGUUUAGAACAGGGGCUGGUGGGAAAGAACUGAAGGAGUACUAUAGCAGCAGAUAAUUCCUUAGAGCUGCAGAAAAAAAUACUAAGAAGCAAAACAGCUUACACAAAGCUAUUAAAAAAAUAAAAUAAAGAUUUGUCCUAGAAA